UAACGUAAUUGCCAUGGCAUAUCUUGAUAAUCUAAUGCCCGUCUAACACGUAAAAGUAAUGGUUGUUCCGAUCCUCUGAAACAAAUAAGGUUACCGUUUCAAAUCUCGGGACAUAUAUAUACUAUGUACAACCUACAUAUAUAAGUAUGUAGUUAUUGGCACGUUACGCAGAAGCACAUGCUAGUUUGUUGCUUCUGCUAAUGAGUAGAUGCGCAGAGGGAAAUUUACAACAUGGCGGAACGCAGGAAAAGCAGGAAGCGCAAAGAUGAAGUGGCAAAUAUAGAUCAUGAAGUUAUUCAAGACAAACCAUCUAAAGAUGAGUAUGCAGUAGCGAAAUGGAUCCGUAAUAAUGUACCAUCAAAAAAAACAAAAUUCGAUAGAAACCACAAUGUUGAAUAUUUCACUGGCAGUCGUGCAGUGGAUGCACUAUUGGAACAUUCUCCAUGGAGCAAAUUCAAAUUUGAGACACGUGAACAGGUUAGAGAAUUCUUAGAUAUGAUGUUAAGACACAAGUUCUUUCAUAGAGCAAAAAAGGUAGUCAUUUCUGAAGAAGAAUUAUGCAAAAUACGUGGAAUAAAAAAGAAAAGCAAAGAUAUUAAGAAGGAUAAGAAAUCUGAAAAGGAAUCCUCCAAAGACACCAAAGAUGCAACAGGUGGAAAAGAUGGUGAAGAUAAAGUUGAAGAGAAAAAAAAGAAACCAAAAGUACGCUUAGAAAUGCAUAUGGAACAAUAUUUUGUGGACUGUAAUGAUGCUUAUGUGUGGAUAUAUGAACCAAUAUCAGUGUAUUAUUGGUUCUUUGGAACACUUGUAGUGUUAGGUGCAAUUGGUCUUUGUCUCUUCCCACUAUGGCCAUCAACGAUCCGCCUUGGUGUAUAUUAUAUAAGUGUUGCGGGAGCAGGAUUCCUUUUAUUUGUUAUGAUAUUAGCAACUAUUAGACUUAUUGUAUUUUGUCUUCUGUGGGUUCCAACGCUUGGCAGAUGUCAUCUUUGGCUUGUACCAAAUUUGACAGCAGACGUUGGAUUCUUUGCAUCAUUUUGGCCACUUUAUCAAUAUGAUUACUAUGGAUCAACAUCAGAAAUGGACAAGAAACUUAGUAAAAAGAAAAAGAAGAAAGAAAAAGAUCUUGAUUCUGAUGAAACACCAUUACUGUCUUCAGAUGAGAAAUCUAGUACAAAGGAAUUAUCUACAGAAUAUACCCAAAUAGAAGAAACGUCUCUUAGUGAAGAAAAAAAGCUUAUUACACCUGAAAUGGCAGAAGGUGAAGAAGGUAGUGAAAGCUCAGAAAGUGAUAAAUCUAAUACAGGUCGGGAUUUUGUGAUGCUUUAAAACAAACUUUUGGUAAUAAAUAGUUUUCUUUUAUUUACUACAAAUGCUGUGUCAAUUAAUGGUUAAUUUUUGCGAUUUCUAUUAAUAGUAUAGAAAUUGUAAUAUACAAGUUAACAUUUAUGUUAACUUUUAAAAAUAUAUAUUGUCUGUUACAUUUAAUGUUAAGAGUGGCAAGAAACAAAACUGCGGUUCAUCAAUUUAGCAACUUCAAUCUGCUUCUUGCUUAAACAAGAUAUAUUUGCAUUUUUUGCAUUUAUAAAUGGAACAAGAAAGUUGUAUCUAGAUAUAUUUUACAGACGGAAAAUUUUUGUAACUGUGGUAUAAGAAUACCAUCUUUGAGAUUCCAAUAUAAAUAUACAUGUUUAUUUAAUUCAUUUUUAAUCAACAUUUAGGUACAUAUUUACAUGUUUUUUGUAAAGAAUUAUUGUAUCAAAACGUAUGAAUACGUUAAUAUAGGUGCCUGAAACCUUCCUGCAUCAAUUGUGAACUGUUUUUAACAAUUUGUAUUGUAUGAUACAAUAUUUUACUAUAACGAAAUAUCAAAUUUCAGCCACAUAAUUUCCACAGGCGUCGUAUGUGUACAGAAUCGGGUAAAUAGAAUCUUUGUGAAUAAUUAUUUCUACCAACUGUCAUUAUACCUACAAGUUCCUCAUUAACACAGUUAAUAUGUCACAAAUUUAAUACAAUAAACAAUGACUUAUAUUUUUAUGUAAAAACUUCAAUGAUAACGAUUAUGAUAAUAU